CAGAGAGCACGACAGUCUGUGCGGAUCAUAUAAUUGCCUUGCCUCGGCAUAUCAGAAGAGAGUGGGAAACGAACGGAGCAAUACAGAGGGAACUGUGCGUAAGAGGAGGCGACAGAGAGUUCAUGUGUGGGAUACUGAAGCUACUUUCACAAGAGCUUGUGGUGCUGAAACGCGCACAGUCGCAGCAGCGAGCGGAGCCCCGCUAAUCAGGAGGAACGGGGAUUUUUCUUUCACCCUAAUCAAAGACAAUCAAAGCCGAGGAUUUAUUCCAGGAACAUGGAUUGAUACAAAACUUGCGCGUUGAUUAAUUUGAGCUAAAUAUCGAGAAUAUCCAGUGAACACGGAACGACUGAAAGUAAGUUCCCAACUUUAAAGACAGAAUCAGAGACGGUCACCAUUAAUGCUUUGACUAUGUUCGGAUGGCAGUAAUAUGAGGUUAUCAUACUCUGCGGUUUAGUAAACCGUCCGGAGAAAUUUGUAUCUUAUUCAAAAGGUGGGCGAGGGCCAGCGAGCUGACGGACCGCUGGGAAGCUUUCGGACGCGCACUUUCUUUCUGGACUGCAGAUCGUGAUAACUGUUGAAGACUCAAGAAAGAUGUUGACGUUUUACAUCGCAUUGUGCCUUUUAGGAACAGCACCUCGCAGUGAAUAAGGCCCGUCGGAGGCGGACUGGUUGUGGAUGUAUCCAUCAGUGUGAAGUGUCGCAAGCAGCCUAUUUCUCCCAGCAGCCCCAGGACCAAGUAGUGGUUGCUGGCCAAUCAGUGACUUUGCCCUGUGUUAUUGUGGGAUAUCGAGGCAUGGUGCAGUGGACCAAAGACGGCCUUGCGCUGGGGGGAGAACGAGACCUUCCUGGUUGGGUGCGAUAUACUCUGAUGGGAGACCCACUAUCAGGCGAGCACAGCUUGGAGAUCGAUUCAGCUGAGCUAGGCGAUGAUGCGGUCUACGAGUGUCAAGCAACGCAGGCUGGGCUACGAUCACACAGAGCCAAACUGACGGUGCUGGUGCCACCUUCAGAUCCCAUAGUGGAGGGAGGGCCGAUGGUCAGACUAAAAGCUCACACAUCUCAUAACCUGACAUGCCGGGCAUCUGGGGCCAAACCUGCCGCUGAGAUUACCUGGUACAGAGAUGGAGAGAUAAUGCACAAUGCCAUCUACUCAAAGAGUCUGAUGGAGGAUGGAAAGAGAGAGACAGCGGUUAGCAUGCUGCCAAUGGUGCCUGAGGACAGCGAUUCUGGACGCACAUACACCUGCAGGGUCCUAAACCCUGCCGCCCCUGCAGGUCGCCAGACUUCGGUUACCAUCAAUGUUCAGCAUCCCCCAUCUGUGACUCUGUCUGUUCAGCCGCAGACGGUGAUGGAGGGAGCAAAAGUGUUGUUCAUCUGCUCUGCCUCUGCCAACCCUGAGAUCACAGGUUACAGAUGGUCCAAAGGUGGGAUUCCUAUAUCAGAGGCCAAUGGUGAUAGCCUGGAGGUGACGGUGGACCACUCCUACUUCACAGACCCAGUGUCCUGCGAGGUGUCCAACUCAGUAGGAAGUACUAAUGUCAGUACAUUGGUGGACGUGCAGUUUGGUCCCAGGUUGCUGACAGAACCUAAACCCCAGACGGUGGACAUUGGGAUGGAUGCUGCUUUCACUUGCUCAUGGACUGGCAACCCUCCACUCACUCUGGCCUGGACAAAACAAGGCUCCAGUGUGGUGCUCAGCAAUAGCAACACCUUGCAGCUGAAGGCAGUAACACAGGAGGAUUCUGGGACAUACACCUGCAAAGCCAUCGUGCCUCGGAUUGGUGUGGCUGAGAGAGCUGUAACUCUAACUGUCAAUGGCCCUCCCAUCAUCACGGCUGAUGCCAUGCAGCAAGCUGUCAGGCAUUCCAAGGGCAAGCUGGAGUGUCUGGUGGGCAGCAGCCCUCCUCCUGACAAGAUUGUGUGGACAUUUGGGGACAUGACCCUGACAUCUGGUUCCUCUGGUCGUUUCUCAGUGCAGACUGUUAACAGUGACCGUGGAGUCCUCUCGUCGCUCAUUCUCUCAGAGACUCUGGCCCAAGAUUUCCAACUCCGGUACAACUGCACUGCUUGGAACCGCUUUGGGACAGGAACCGUACUAGUCACUCUUGAAGAGCAAGAGGCACUUCCCUUGCUUAUCAUCAUCGGAGCGUCGGUGGGAGGAGGCUGCGUCUUCAUCGUCUGUGUCAUUACCCUGGUUUCUAUCUGCUGCCGCCACACUGCCAAAGGCAAAAAGGGCACACGCCUGUCUAAGAGCGACAUCCGCGUACAAAUUGUCCACAGUGAUCACAACGCAGCACGGGGAAAUGAUGAUGAGGAGGACGUGAAGGAGCCUAUGGCUCCCAACAGCAGUGAGUCUCCAGGAACAUCUCGCACAGAGCACAGUGACCUGCUGGAAGAGGAGGAUGAGGAGAGAUCAGAUAUCAAGGACCCCACCAAUGGCUACUACAAUGUGCGAGCUCACGAGGACCGCCACAUCACCAGAACUGGGUUCUCUGAAUUUGUUCCUAAUGCUCGGCCAGUCUACACUCCCUCUCAGCUUCCCUCCCCAAGCCCGCUGUACGGCCAGCACUCAACGCAGCCACGGAUGUAUGACUUUUCCCAGCGUUACGCCACAACCCCUGCCACACACUCCACCUAUGAGCAACAGCAGCAACCACAACAACAGCCACAACAGCAAACUCCCACCAUCUACCCCCAGGAGCCACACUAUGCAGGCUCUGCCUACCUGCCCGCCACCUAUGGCCGUGCCUUCACCAGCUAUGUCAAACCUGCCUCCUACGAGAAGGUUGAUGGUUAUGAGCAUUCGGACCAAGCAAGCAAGGUGUCCAGCUCCUCCCGCUUCUCGUACGCAUCUUCGCAGGUGUCAUCGCAGCAAUCUGACUAUGGGAGGCCCUCGCAGCAGCGCAUGCAGACUCACGUGUGAUUGGCUCCCUUGAAGACCAACUGAUGGUCUGGCAUGAUAAGUGUCACUGGACUUGGAUCAGACACUCUGCUGAAUUAGGUUCAGGAGGGAUUAAGAAAACAUUAAAUUGAGAUUCAAGAGUGAGGUUAAGAAUGCGGUCCUUGCUUUAUUGCUGUUUUGAAAUGAAUGUUGGAACGAUUGGAAACUUCUUUUGAAAGAACUUCAAUGUGCCACUCAAACUUAAGAGUCACCUACUUCAAAGUGAUUUCCUUCGUCCAAAUGCUGAACUUUAGGUGAAAUGAACACUGUUCUUCAAUUCGUCCCUGUGGCACUGUAUUUGCCGAAAAAUGCUCCAGCACCAACACUUCUAGAUCCUGAAGAAGAGUGCUGCAGAAGAAGGGAACUGCUCUCCUGAACUAACCUUUUUAAAUGGAGACAAGAUCGUGACUACGCUGAAACACAAUCAGAAAAGACACAAACAACAAAAAAAGUAAAAAAAACUAACAAAAAAUGAAUAAAUACAUGUGUUUGUUGGCAUGCUUAUGGAAUUGUAAGCCCAUUUGUGUAUCGAUGACAAAAGGUCUUGCCUACACAAAGUGGCUCAAAGUUCAUUCCACAAAGCAGGAGAGCAAACGGAGGCCGAGUGCAUGCGGUCACCCUAAAAUAUUUCUCCACAAGCUCCAUCUGCAGUCUGCACUGCUUUUGGGCUCUCAAGAGAGUAUUAAUGAAAAGCCUCAAUGGACCAGUGCAGGAAACUGGAAUUGGAAUGACGAAAACCAUAAGCUGUAUUUCUGUCUGUUUGAUGGAGCCAAGAUUGGCCAAGCCCCAAAGAAGAUAUCUGACAAAUUUAAAUGUGCGGUCUUUUAAAGCUAUACUCACAAGGAUUUGUUGCAGACUUCAGAGCAGAACCCAUUUCGGGACCACGGUUUCUUAACGUCAAGCCUAUGGCAAACCUAAAUUACUACACGGCCUUGCAGUAUGCAGUAUUACUCCUGUAAUGUUCCUUACGUGACCACAGUAUGUUAUUAAAGAGUGUGCCAAGCUGAUUAUGUCAUACUCAUUGACCGUCAGGUAGCACCAACAUGUUUACAUAGAAAAAAUCAGAACAAGAAAUUGCAAGUGAAAUGCAGUACUAUCCAUAUCCACUUAGAGCCACUCUGAUGACUGUACAAAUUGUUGGGAUUUUCACUCCUUCUGUCUGUUGCAUGCAGAUGAUGUGUGUAUGUGAACGUAUUCAGCAUUUCGUCUCAUCUGUUUGUUCCUUGUGUGAGAAACCGCUUACUGCACCCUACUUCAAUUUGACCUUGGAUACCUUACAGGUUUCCAUACUGCCAUUAUCCUUUGAGCCUGAAUGUUUGGCUCCAUUUGGAAAGAUUAAAAAAAAAAAUCCAAAUGAACUGUAAGAUAGGUAAAACAAAACAUUGCUUGUCUUUAUUUUUAUAUUUUAUAUAAGCCUUAAUGUACAGCCUGUAAGCUGCUCUAUUGUAAAGUACCUUUUUAUUAUGAAAGCAUGUAUCUAUAUCUUUGAGUUGACCUUAUUUGGUUCAUAAUGGUUUUUACCCCAUGCUACUUACAGUAUCAGUUUUGGAAAGGUAAAAGGUGAUGUUACACAACUAAUUUACUUUUUUCUUCCGUUUUUUUUUUUUUUUUUUUUUUUUUUUUU